GGUGCUUUUAUUUUGGCAGCCACUUCCUGUUUAGUGUGCUUAUAGUCGGGUUGAUACUGUUAGCUUCACGUGGCCGGGAGACGCUGCGUGUCCCUUCAGGAAAGUGUUUCUCGGCACCAAACUCCAGGAUGUCGCCUCCGUCUCGGCGGCUUCAGACGAAGCCCGUGAUUACCUGCCUGAAGACUUUUCUCAUCUCCUACAGCCUUAUUUUCUGGUUCACAGGGGUGAUCCUGCUGGCUGUGGGGGUCUGGGGGAAGGUCAGCCUGGAGGCCUACUUCUCCCUCAUCUCUGAGGAGAGCACCAACGCGCCGUACGUCCUGAUCGGGACCGGAUCCAUCAUCGUUAUUUUCGGGCUGUUUGGCUGCUUUGCUACAUGCAGAGGAAGCCCGUGGAUGCUCAAACUGUACGCCAUGUUUCUGACCUUGGUCUUCCUGGCUGAGCUUGUGGCAGGAAUUUCAGGUUUCGUCUUCAGGCAUGAGAUCAAGGAUAAAAUCGGCGACGCUUACAGCAGUGCAGUGUUGUCGUACAACGCCACAGACAGCAGGAGCGCUGCAGUCGACACCCUCCAGAGGAAGCUGCAUUGCUGUGGCAAGAAUAAUUUCACUGACUGGAGUCAGACCGGUUACUUUCGAGAGAACGGGAUCCCUGCCAGCUGCUGUAAAAGCGACAAGUGUUCCCCGGAGAGCCUGAAAGACCUGGACAAGGCUAAGACAGAAGUUUACACGGCGGGCUGUUUUUCUCUGGUGACCAACGCGAUGGAAGCCAACCUAGGAGUUAUUGCUGGGGUCUCUUUUGGGAUCGCUUUCUUCCAGGUCAUCGGGAUCUUCCUGGCCUGCUGCUUGUCUCGCUACAUAACCAACAACCAGUACGAGAUGGUCUAACGCUCCCCCUCCACAGGUGGCUGUGGGUCAGGUCCAAACCGAGCUCAGAUUUUAAUGUUAUGUGUGUGUUGGUGUCAUUUUAGGGAGCAAAAUCGACAGGUUUUGCUUUUACCGUCUCACUGGGCAGAAAGUGAACGCGUUAAAGGGGCGACAUCUGCGGUGCUGUUUGACCAAAACCAAAAGGGACCUAAACAUAUUAAAGAUUUGUUACUCAUUGGUUUAAAUAAAAAAAAAAAAAAAGGGAGUUUCUUUAAGUUUAGCUGUUAUUAUGUAGUUAGGUUUUCCUUUAAGUUGUCCAUAUUUGUGUUUCCAGUCCUGCAGCUGCCUUAUCUGUCGUUAAUAAGCUUGAUGUAGCACCACUUGUGUCUUUACAUGUGAAAGUGACCGGGGGGGGGGGGGGGGGCAGAGAGCUGGAUGAUGUCACUGCUCUGUGAUGAUGUUACGUAAACCAGCCUUAAACGGUCUGUGGGCCAGUACCGUUGAAAGCCAAUUAUGUGCCGACUCCAGCGUCUCAGACCACUCCGUUUUACUGCCUUCAGUGUUCGUGUCUUUCUUUGGAUGCAUGUGGAAGAAAUAAAA